AGUCGAGUCAUACAGGAGAAGGGAAGUUCGCCGCCUGAUCUCCCGCAACGUUGUAAUGUAAACACUUCACAUUUGUUGGGCCGCAAGAGAUCGAGAAACCACCGCUAAACCCUCCCGUUAAAAACCUACACCUGGUGAUGAUUCAGCUCUCUCUCUCUCUCUCUCUCUGUCUUUUCUUUCUGAACUACGACCUCCGACAGUCCUUCCCCGUUUACUCUAGAUGAGUCCAUGGAUUCAAAGGAGAAAAACUCAUGACAGACGACUCGUCUACUUCUGCUUCACCUCCUUCUCUUGAUCUCUUCAUGUGUUCUUGAGAGGAACACUCUUUGUCCUGCUCGCAACCCUUUUUUAGUUCUUACUCGAAAACCAGCUCGGGAAUUUAUAUUUUCAGCUGGAGGUGAUUGAAUUCCUCUCGUAAAGUUCUUUCUCUGGUGUACCUGGUGAUUGCUGGGCGGUUUGUAUGUGUCUUUGGUGUUUCUCGGACGUUUUAACUACCACUACUACUACAACUAGGGGGAGCUCCGAAGAUAGCUGAACUUUUGUGAGGUUUUCGAGAACCCCGAAAAUGGCGAGUGCUGGAAAAGGUUAACCAGGUAUUUCCAUUUUUUAUACAGCCUGCAACCGUUUUAAAAAGGAAAAGCUGCUGAGGAGAAGAGAAAGCUUGUGGUACUGACGAGACAUGGCGCCGGCGGGUAACUGGCUUUCUUCCUCCGUCUCUCCGUUGGAGAUGCUGCCUUCAUGCCAAUCUUCGAUGUCCGACUCCUUCCACCAGCACUUCUUCUUCGACAGCUUCUAUGGAAACGACUGGGCAAGUCUCAAGACCCAGAUGCCAUACACAGAAGAAGAAGAAGCCAAGGAAGUGAAGGAUGUGAAAGCACAUAAUGCUGCUGAUACGUCCAUGCUCGCGAGCUUAAACCCUCAAAUCCAACAUACAGUACCGAAGCUCGAAGACUUUCUCGGUGGCCAUUCUUCGUCCUUGGCUCGAUACUCCGACAGCCAAACAGAAACUCAAGAGUCGUCGCUGACUAACGUCUACGAACAAGGAUGUUCCAGUCUCUUCGCUGAUCAACACCAUCAUCUCACAAGCAUGACUGCAACGGCUGGGUUUCAGCCGGCCUUUUCUGCUAAUUCUGGUUCGGAGGUCGACGAUUCCGUGUCGGUUGACGAAACCCAACUCAGAGAUUUAGCGGGUCACUCACUUGAGUCAGGUAGCGAGAUGGUAUUCUCCCAUGCACCGCCUCAGUCCUUGUCACUGGCGGUCGCUCAGAGCUCGGAGAAAGCCGUGGUACCGGUCCAGUUGGAAUCGUCAAAGAAGGUUACGGAUACGUUUGGGCAGAGAACGUCGAUUUACAGAGGGGUCACAAGACACAGGUGGACGGGGAGAUACGAGGCGCAUCUGUGGGAUAACAGCUGUAGGAGAGAAGGGCAGACCCGGAAAGGACGGCAAGUGUAUUUGGGUGGAUAUGACAGGGAAGAAAAAGCAGCCCGGGCUUAUGAUCUCGCUGCUCUGAAAUACUGGGGUCCCACCGCCACCAUCAAUUUCCCGGUUUCUGAUUAUACCAAAGAAUUGGAGGAGAUGAAGAAUAUGUCGAGACAAGAGUUCAUUGCUUCACUCAGAAGGAAAAGCAGUGGUUUUUCAAGGGGAGCCUCAAUUUACAGAGGUGUGACAAGGCAUCACCAACAAGGGCGAUGGCAAGCCAGGAUUGGACGGGUAGCAGGAAACAAAGAUCUCUAUCUUGGCACAUUUGGCACAGAGGAGGAAGCAGCGGAAGCAUAUGAUAUAGCAGCAAUUAAGUUCAGAGGGGUUAACGCUGUGACCAACUUUGAGAUGAGCAGAUACGAUAUAGAAGCCAUUACCAACAGCGCCCUCCCCAUUGGGGCUGCAGCCAAACGCCUGAAGCUCUCCUUUGAAACCUCAGCAGAUCAAUCCUUGGACCGUAACCUCCAUGAUAGGCAGCCUCAGAGCAGCAGUAGUAGCAGCAGUAUAAGCUCCAUGAGCAUUGUUCCUGCUGCUCAAUGUGCUAUCCCAGUGGAUGCACCGGCAGGUCUCUAUCAUCAGAAUCUCCACCACCUUCACUCUGGCACAGGCGGUUCUCUAGAUUCCUCCACAUCUACUUCACCAUUGGCAUUGCUGCCACCACCACCACCACCACCGUGUGGCCGGAAAUUUUUGUAUGGGCUGAGUGCACCCAUCGACAUAAAUGGUCACUUCAACGUCACUGACAAUCCUCCCCAACUCCAAGCUCAAGCCCAAGCUGUAGUUAGUCAGCAGCCGUGGAAUGUGGCAUCUUCCUCCUACUGACCAGACGUUUGUAGUUUCACUCUUUAUCACUCCCGAGGCCCCAAGUGCUUUCCCCUCUCACUCUUAGUCUGUGAGGUGUGGAAAUUUACAAAAUGUGCCGACUGCAUGCAUGCUUAUUGCUCACAGUCACAGACAAGUUCUUUUUUAUUCGAGGUUGGUGCCUUUUGAAUUACAACAGGACAGAGUCAUUAAGUUUUGAAAUGUGAAUCUGGGUGGGGCUCCUUUUUGUUUUUCUGGGUUUUCUGUUUUUUUUUUUUUUUUAAUUUUCCUUUUGGGGAGUCCCCACUCUCCAGUCUCCACACUCACAGUUCCGCUUUCUUUAAAAUGUACCUCAAUAGUCCUCACUGACUUUCACAAAUGGGAAAAGAAAUAUGAAAUGUGAGCGCUAUUCGCUACCAUCCAACAGGCCAACCUGCUUUUUAUGAAAUCACGAGUCACCAUACAUUCAAGAGGUUUUGUCCACACUCUAUACCAUACAUUCUCAUUCUGGUCUUUAGCUUUUGGCCGUCCGUCUGUCCAUUGCUUUUGUAAAUUGUUUCCUUGGACAAUACUCUGGAGAAUGAAUGGAUCAUGGAUGGACUAAA